GACUACCCAGUGCUCUGACACAGACAAAACAACCAACAACAGCGCGCUCUCUCCCUUUUUCCUUUCAACGGGACGGAGGAGUUGAUCCGGUCAAGCCGCCAUUAACAGUUCCCCCGUCGCCGUUAACCCCGUCAGGAAAACGGAGAAACAGGCCAUCCGCGAUUAGUUGACCCUCUCCUCUCCUGUCUAUGAAAGUCAACUGUGAGAAAAUGGGAGUAUAGAUAGAGAAACACCAUGAGAUUACGUGCUUGGUGGAAGAAAUGGAAACGUCGCUGGCAGUGCGAUGGGUGAAAUUGGACAUGGUGGUUGGAGAAGGACAGCUCGAGCCGGAGGAGAACUUCAAAGGUUUCGCCUUUUUCACUUGAUUACCUUUUGGGUUUAAUGUAAUUAUAUAUUAUUCGUAGUUUUUUACAGAGAGAAGGAGACUUAGAAUUCGGGGAGGAGAAAGAAGGAAACCAAAGAAUCGUCAAACUAAACCGGUGGCUCCAGUCAAUGGUUGAUAAACCUCGCUCCCUCCCUCUCUCUCUCUCUCUCCCUUUCUUCUUGUAAACCAGCCUUCUGCUUUUUCUCCUGGGUUAGACGCCCUCUCUCUAGCUUCUUCUCUAUCUAGAAAAGUCUUCCUUUUUUUUCUUCUAUUCCAUCUUGCAGAGUGGGUCGUACGAGGGUUGCUUUUGGGGGGAGAUCUCUUGAGGUUGUAAUUGCCGUAAGAGGAGGAACAAGAAAAGGUUAAAUUUUGUUGAAGGGUUCAGCUCUGGGAUUUCUGGGCUCUGCUCCAACCUUGCUGGAAACAGAACUGGAAAGAGGAAAUGGCACAGCAACGUUCACAUGUGCCCAAGUUUGGCAACUGGGAAAGUGAAGAGCAAGUCCCAUACACUCAAUAUUUCGACAAGGCAAGGAAGGGCCGAACCGAUGGGAAGAUGAUCAACCCAAAUGAUCCCAUGGAGAACCCAGAUUUGCUUCCUGCUUCUAAGGUUGUCAAAGUUGAACCAGUCAAACAGGCUGUUGGCUCUCCAGCACGCCCUGACAACGGGACCCGCAGAGCUGGGCAGGGAGGAGGCCGUGGAGGAGGAGGAGCAGUAAGCCGCCCUGCAAGGAACAGUGCUGGGUCCGAUAACAGCUUCGAACGUUCGCCACUCCAUCCUCAUGCUAGGAUCUCAGGAGGCCGUGCCAGUGGGGCACCAUCACCGGUCUGGGAAGGGAAGAAUUCCAAUGAGAGCAGCCAUGGUACACCUGGAAGGUCAAGAUUGAGACCGAAAGGCGAUGAGAGUCCUGACAAGGGUGCUGCUGUACCAAAGUUUGGGGACUGGGACGAGAACAACCCGGCAUCAGCAGAUGGAUAUACUCACAUCUUCAACAUGGUGAGGGAGGAGAGACAGGGUGGCGUGGCAGGUAGAGGACCUGGUGGCACCUAUGGCGACUCAUCCCAUGGAAAUGCUCGGAAGCACAACUCGGGAGAAACCACCUUGUGUCACUGCUUUCCCUGGGGAAGAAAGUGAUGGUGGAGAUUGUACUGAUAUUGGGAGGAUCAGGAAACCAAUCAUUCAGAGAAAGAGGUGUGGGAGAACUGUAAAUACCUUUCAAGGCUCUCUGUAUUAUCUGUUUCUUGUUCUGAUGUUUUGAUUUCAUGGAGAGCAAGUUGAUUCUCUCUUUGUAUUUGUGGGUGGUUAUAUCUUGUGAUGGGAAAACAGACCAAUACGCCAUCGAUUUUUGUGGGACUCUUGGCUCUAUUUUACUUCGUUCUCUUUUGAAUAUAGAACAAUACGAUUUCAAUUCUAGCUAUCAUGGUUAAUAUAUUGAAUUGGGUAGGGCUACACAUAGAAUUAAGAAUUCUUUCACUGUUAGGGUAAUAGUUAGAGAAUACUCUUCAUUGUUUUCUUUUGUGUUAUAAUCCAGUCAAAAUUGUGAUUCUAUUUAGAAAUGAUUUGGUUAUCUAUAACUACAAGCAUAAAAACGUUAGUUAUUAAAUUUUAAAGUUUUUUUAUAAUACUUUAAAAUAUAGGUUUUGACUAGAUUUGUAAUGGAUAAGUAUGAUUUGACUACAUUGUGUGUUAUGUACUUUUCCCGUAACACUCAAAAUUAGCCAAAACUUUUCUGCAUUCUUUUUUAUUAAUCAAAUCUGUUGGAUUACUAAUAAUUAACCAAAUGUUAACUCUAUGCUAAUAUCUCUCAUCUCUGCUAAUAUUUCUAUUAGAUGAGGUGAGUUGGCCGAUGUGAUGCUGAGUUGGCAUAUGCGGAAGAAUAUUUUUUUUAUUUUUUAAUUUAUAAUCAAAAUUAAAAAGACGAUUUUUCUUCUUCUCCCACACCCAUAGCCAGAGAUCUGGAGUGCAGUGCAGCCUACCAUCGCAUUGCCAAACUCCACCUCAUCUCCUCCUAAAAAUUCCACCUUCUCCAAACUCCACCUCCACAACCAAUCGCGAUCCCAUCAUCACCUGCGAACCCUGAUCUCCACCCUCACUUUCCAAGGUCGAUUCCUCUCCCACCUCGCCAAACUCACCGAAUUCGACCAUUCCCUCCGUCGUCAGCUUGCUGAAUCUGACUCCGUCUCCGUUGUCUUCUGCAACAGGCAAAUAUCCGACGGGUUCUUCUGGUACUCAUAUGCUUUUUGAAUAGAAUAAAGAGAAGAAGAGGCGAAGGUUGGAUUUCAGCGAAGCAUGCCUGCUUGUUCGCAGAGGACUGUAGUUUCUUCUCAGUGACAGGACGCGAAGCAAAUGAGAGAUAACUCCGCCCCGAUCCAAAUCUAAUUGUUCCCAGAGGAGAGAUAACUGUCCCCGUCAAUUUUAAAUCUGGUGAGUUAAUCCUCUCAUGACAAUCGCCCGGGGGUCGAGAUACGACGAUGGCAAGCCCACAGAAGGAAAGAACUCCGACUCUGUUCUUGUAUUGAUUUGUUUUGAGAUAAGGUAUUGGUGUUUAUGAAGUGGUAGAGAGCAAGGGUGGACAUUCGGUCGGUUCGGUUUUGAUCGAAUCGAAAUUAUGAAUAUUGGGUUCUCGAAUUCUCUCAAAUCUCAAACUGAAUUAUAAUUUGGUUCGGUUUUUCACACAAAACCGAAUUUGUGAGGCUACUUGUAUGAUGUAUCUUCUCAGUUUUAAAUUAUUUUUCAUCCCUAAACAAUAAAAUAUGUAAUUAUAUGCAUCAUCUAUGAUAAAAUCAAACUUUUCAACACAUAAGUUAUAAAACUUUUCAAAUAUU